AUGAUGUCGGAAGAAAAUAUUGAACAAGAUAACUCAAAUCUAGAUUUAAAUCAUCAUGAAUUAAAUAGUAAUAAUAAUAAUAAUGAUGAGGAUGAUGAUAAUAAUACAAUAAAACCUCAAGAUAAUCAAUGGAUUAAUGAGUUACGUCUAGCACUUGAAAAAGGCUGUGAUUUAGGAUCAAUUCGUAGUAUUGGCAAAUGUCGUUCACUUACCAAUGAUUUGAGAUUACCUGUUUGGAAAACAUGUCUCGACAUCAAUGAAACCAAUGCGGAAUAUCAAUAUACUGAUAGUGAUGUCUUUGAUUUACCUGAACAAAAUGUAAUACGUGAUGAUGUAUCACGUUUACUGCAUGCAUCACAAAUAAAUCAAGAUAUGUUAACAUCGAAAAUGACUGAUAUUGAAGCCGUUAUUUCGUAUUAUUGUAAAAAAAAUAAUGAAACAUAUGAAAAAGGAAAUGGAUGGAUUGAAAUAUUUAAACCACUUAUAACUCUUGAAUAUAAAGAUCGUUCUGAACUUUACGCAUUAUUUGCUAGUAUUCGUAAUCGUUACAUACCUCGUGAUUGUGAAUCUGAUGGAAUGCCAUAUCAUUUAUUUCGAUUAUUAUUACUUUAUCAUGAUCCGGAAUUAUGUAGUUUUUUUGAUACAAGAAAGAUUACACCAGAUUCAUAUGCACAUAUUUGGAUCCGAAGUUUAUAUGCUGGAUUAUGUUCAUUAAAUGUUACUCUACCGCUCUGGGAUGGAUAUUUUCAACAUGCUGAUCAAUUUUUUGCUUUUUUUCUUGCUCUUGUUUUACUUAUGUUUGCUAAGUAA